UCAUGUGACUAAACAGAAAUAAUCGCAAGCUCUUUAUGAAAAGGAACAGUUAUAAAUUAAUAUUGUGAGAAAUUGUUGUUAACAAUAUUUAACUAUCAUGACACAAAUUUGUUGUAUGUGUGGAAAAGCAGAAAGUUCAUAUAAAUGUCCCGCGUGCAAAGAAACUUAUUGUUCUGUAGGUUGCUGUAAGGAACACAAAGCAAGUUGUCAACCACCACAGCUUCAACAGAACGAAGUUCCGGAAAAUAAGAAAGGUAACGUCAGAUAUGAAUUUCCAACAGAAGAUACAGUUUCUACUGAAAAAUUGGAACAAUUACGUCAUAAUGAAGAAUUAAAAAAUUGUUUAAAAAAUCCACAUGUACAAAACAUCAUGAGUGCAAUUUUGACUGAUAAUAAUCCAACACAAGCUAUUGCUUUAGCUAUGACUGAGCCAAUAUUUGUGGAAGUAGCAGACAUUUGCUUGAAAAUUAUAGAACCUGAAGUUAAUGAUGCAUUAUGCUAA